UCCUAAACCAGUCAAGUCAUCGGCGGAAGCCUUUCUCUACUAGCUAGAUCUUGAUCGAAACUACCGAAUCUUUUCUUGGUUGUUCACGAGCUCACUUUUCUUGACCACCGAUCUCGACAUCCCUUCACUUUGCUUUCAUCCGAGCAAAAAGUAUAAUAGAAUCGAAUCUUUAUCACCAUGGUCGUCAAAGUCUAUUACUGGCCUGGAUUUAUGGGCCGUGCCGGUGCUUCCAUUCGCAUGCUUCACGAAGCAGGAGUUGCCUUUGAGCAUGUGUCGGAUAUGGGCGAAAUGUCUCAAAAGGCUGCGGCCUUUGGCGCCGAGACGGGAAACAUUGCCCCUCCCAUUGUCGAAGAUGGAGAUCUCAUCUAUUCUCAGUCGACUGCGUGCGCCAUGUACAUUGGAAAAACGUAUGGCUUUCCGGCACCCGAUGACUGCAAGGCGGUCCAAAUCAUGGAAGAUAUCAAGGACAAGUUCGAGAAUGGAAUUAGCAAGAAUCAGGAGGAUGCCAAAAAGUUGAAGGAGUUUCUCAAGGGAGAUGGUACCAAGCCUUCUCGUUUUUCGGUGUUUGCCAGUGCCAUUGAGCGCAAUGUGGUGGGUCCAUUCUUUUUUGGAGAGAAAAUGAGUUACGUCGACUUUUACUUUGCCAAUGCCUAUGCCAGCAACGAAGAUGGCAUGAAGAAGCUCAUGGACAAGACUGGCGACGACUUUUUUACUCCUUAUCCAAAACUGCAAGCCAUUGCCAAGGCUAUUCGAGGUCUAGAGUCCAUGAAAGGCUCUGACCUUAUUACUUUGCCAGCAGACAUGUUUGGAAUUAAGGAUGAAGUCGUCGAAGAGUACAUGAAGCUCUAGACUCGAGCUACGACUGUAGCUAGGCCCACCGCUUGUCAAUUCACAUGAUCACUAGCAAAGCAGCAAAAUGAGACCGUACUGUCAGUAGAUGUACGGUAGGCAAUCCUCUGCCAUCCAUAGAAAGUUGGGAGCUCCAGCCUCGUCUUCCAAUUGUAUGGAUGGUAGUAUGAUAUUUAAAAAUAGUAAUGAGAUUCUCUCUGCUCAAAUAAUACGAAUCUACUAUUUUCC